AUAUAUAUAUAUAUAUGUAGCUAGGUGGCGAUCAACAAGGAAGUCUUCGUUAUGCACUGGUGACGACAGAGGGAUGUAGACACGAGACGCGCAGGAGAGGUGUACAGACACUUUGACUCACCCGGUGGAGGAUGCCCUUCCAGCGGUUUUGUAAACGUCAGUAGUGGGCGCGGUGUGAAAGCGUUUCGUCGUUGUGCUCGCGCUUUUCUCGUUGGCCCGGACGAACUUUCUCUCGGACUUCCGUCUGCGGACCUCCCCUUGUUCUCCCCUCCACACGCGGGCAGCAAAGAGGACGAAGCAGGUGAAACUCAGCGGCCGAGUGGGCCGUCGGAUUUCUGCGCCUUGCCGGCCCGAUCGCGUUCACUCCACCGCGGAUGCAAGAAGAAGAAGAAGAAAGCAGCUCGCCAGAGUCGCUGGUCGACUUCGGAAGGCCGGGAACGCUGCAGGCUGCUGCGCCAGUUGACGCCGCCCGCUCCUGCGUUGUGCAGAGGAAUGUCUCCCGUGACAAGUCUGGCGUCUACCGCAUGAAGCGGCGAUGCUUGCUCUCUCGCCUGACCGAGCGUCAGACGCGUCGGAGGUUCAUCUCUCUCUUUCUGUUGACGCUGUCCUCGAAAAGCCUCAGAGUGUCAACUUGUCGGGGGGAUGGGGGGGGCGCGAACUCGUUUCUUCGCCGUGUCACUCUCCCUGCUAGACGCAUCACUGAAAACGCAGAGACGAAUUCGAAUCUGAGAGGAACGGUAGCUCAAAGGCCGCCUGCCUGAGUCGCAGCUUUCAAGUGACGCGCGUAGGCUCUCAGUGAACGGCCGCCGCUGCCAGACUUCGCUAAGGAAACAAUUCUUGCGGGGAAGAGGGCCAUUUCAGGGGAGAGCAGGAAGCUCUCUUUCGGACAGUGUGUCUCGGCGUAAGAACAGUUCGUCAGGCGUUUCUGUUUACUUUUUGCCAGUGGAUUGCGCGGUGCACGUCGCUGCGUCUCAGUGCGCGACUGCCGAGGCAGAAAAAGCAAGUGGGUUGCCGCGACCGUGGCGAACAUGGCAGAGAAGGGGCAGCCGGCAUUUGCUCGCGGUUUCGAACACAAGAGGAGCCGGGUGUCCUCUGAGGCGCGAGAAGCUCGGAGAAAGGAGAGAGACACUGAAGAGAGAUCGAAGGAGACAGAAGAACGAGAAGGAGGGGGAAGGCGAGAGGAAUGCAGAGAAGAGCGAAGGAGACAGAAGAACGAGAAGGAGGGGGAAGGCGAGAGGAAUGCAGAGAAGAGCGAAGGAGACAGAAGAACGAGACGGAGGGGGAAGGCGAGAGGAAUGCAGAGAAGAGCGAAAGAAACACGUAAGAGCAGAAAGACAGAAAGACUAAAGAUGGAAAACGCAGCAUUGUGGUGUGGGCGAUACUUGCGGUGCGACAGCCUUUUUGAGUUUCAACGAAAAACGUCUUUCGCGUUUCUUCUCCACGGACUGUCUCGCCUCGUUCGCGAAGCCCUCAGUGAACGAAGAGACAGAAAAACAGACUUGAACGCGGGGUCGAAUAAAAUGCAAACUGCAUGCGCAGAGCCAACAGUCCGAAAAAAAACCGAAACCGUUUUUAAAAAGAGACGCGACAGAGAAGAAAUUCGACUCGCACCACAUCCGUCGAGACUCAUCUAUCCCCUCGCUCGAGUUGAAAAAGAAGCGAUGUCAUAAUAACGUCGGAAAACGCAACUCCUCAAAAAUGCAACUACGUUUAACAUGUGUUUGUUUUGCGCAGAAAGCGAACGUCCUUUCAUUCUCUUUAUUUGUUUUCGUGUCUUCUUCACUUGUUCUUUUCUUUCCCUCAUGAUCUCUCUCUCAUUUCGUGUACUCUUCCUCCAAACUCUGUUCCCUAAAUUCUCCUAUCCUGUCUUUUUCUCGUCUUGUUUGCUCUCGCCUCCACUUCUCUUUCUGUGACUUCCUCAAUUCCUCCUCUCCUGCCUCGUCCAUGUUUCCUCUUUCUCUUCUCGUUUCCUUCGUUUUCAUUCUCUUUCUGUUUCUGCAAGUACACCGCGGCGCCGGCUGUUUCCCAGCACCGGCCGGCCCAGAGCCGCGAUGUCUUCCCCCUCCCCCCCUUUUCUUCGGCAGUGGAAUCUCUCCCUCGUCUUCAGCGGCAGCAGAAAAGGCAGAAAAAGGAAGGAGAAGCAACGAAGAAAAGUGGAAAGCAAAGCGCAGGGAAAGAAAAG